CCGCUUUGACAGUGGUCGUGUUCCUGCGGGUGCUGAAAGCGGUGGACAGCAGGCGGACAGUAAUCUGCAAAGAUGGCCUCAGCAAACGCAACCUACGGGCAGAAGGAGGCUUCAGACCAAAACUUUGAUUAUAUGUUCAAGAUCCUUAUCAUUGGCAACAGCAGCGUGGGAAAAACUUCCUUCUUGUUCCGCUAUGCUGACGACUCCUUUACACCGGCUUUUGUCAGCACUGUGGGGAUCGACUUCAAGGUGAAAACUAUCUACAGGAAUGACAAGAGAAUCAAAUUACAGAUCUGGGACACGGCAGGCCAGGAACGUUAUCGUACCAUCACCACAGCUUAUUACCGAGGAGCCAUGGGCUUCAUCCUCAUGUAUGACAUCACAAACGAGGAGUCCUUUAACGCUGUCCAGGACUGGUCGACUCAGAUUAAGACGUACUCGUGGGACAAUGCCCAGGUGCUGCUGGUAGGGAACAAGUGUGACAUGGAGGAUGAACGAGUGGUGAACGGGGAGAGAGGCCGGCAGCUGUCUGAACACCUUGGUUUUGAGUUCUUUGAGGCCAGUGCAAAGGACAACAUCAAUGUGAAGCAGACCUUUGAGCGCCUUGUCGACAUCAUCUGCGAAAAGAUGUCUGAGAGUCUGGACGCUGGCGAUCCCGCCGUUACAGGGGCCAAACAGGGACCCCAGCUGACAGAGCAGCCCGCUCCUCCUCACCAGGACUGUGCAUGUUAAAGAUGGCUAAUUUUCCAAACCCUUUUUCUGUUGUCUUUCUCCUUGUCCUCCUUCAGCUGGACCAAAGGUCCUCAGGUCCUUAUUUCAUCACCCUUGCCACAUCUUUUCCUGCUUCUUUCUCUUGGUUCAUUGGCUGAUCAUCACAAGAACGAGGCUUAAAAGUGUCUGACAUGCUCUCAGAUGCUAGUGGUUGUUUUUGCUUCCAUUUGUUUGUUUGCUUCUGGUUUCUCAACAUAAAAGAUCUAUAAGUUGUUGUUUGUAUUAGUACAUGUCUGAUGCCAAAGCAAGUUCAAUCAAACCAGAGCAUUUCACUCUCUUUGCAGCCCAGGUUCUUGAUGGUUUUCCUGUUCCUCAGUGUGGUUUUAAAAGAAGGAUUUGACGGCGUACAUCCUCAGAGUGCCAUUUAAAUCCUUCCAAAGUUUACAGUACUUUGUUUUAUGUCAGUCAAAUGUCUUGAAAAGAUGCCAGCCUUGGAUUUGGUGACCAAGAAGGCCAUUUUAUAAAGUUAUAAAAGGGUUAAGAUCCAGCUGAGAUUUAUUCAUUAUCUUUGUGUGACAUUUCAUAGAAGUCAUAUACAUUUCCUUUUGUUUUCUCGCCCAUUUAAACAUGGACAAGAAUUAGCAAGAGUUUCAUUUUCUUUGCUGAGUUAAGCAUUUUUCAUUCAUCCUUCUUUAGGUUUUUACAUUUUUCAGCAAAUUUUACUUUAUAUUCUUCAUCCAUUUA